AUGGCGGACGCCCAAGUCCAAAUAACCCGCAAUUGCAAUGGAUGCUCGGGAGAAAUUUUGAAUUAUGAUCACUACGUCUGCAGGAACUGUCAUACGGAACUUUGCGAUAGAUCUGAUUGCCUUGAUAGCCAUAGGAAACAGAAACAUGAUGUAUUCCACGUCACAAAUUCUGGGGAAUACAGGGUAGACGAACGUGUUUCUACUUUUUGUGAUAGACAUCCUGAAAAACCAACUGAUGUGUUUUGCCAAACAUGCAGAGAGGCAAUUUGUGUACGAUGUUCUGCUAUCAAUCACAACAGCCAUGAUGUUUUAGACACAACUGAUGUGCUUGCUGACAAAAAGAGAAUAAUAGAAAGAGAUACUUCAAAACUUACCCGUGGUCCUCUUCAGGCUAUAGAUACAGCCAUAUGUUCCUUCAACGACGACAUAGAUUCAACGACGGGGAAUUAUGAAGAGAUUGAAAAAGCUAUUGACCAAAUUAAUAACGUGUGGAUGGCGGAAGUUAAUUCGGUUACUCAAGCAUUAAAAGCUUCUCUUUUGGAAAUGAAAGAUGGACAUAUUGGGGGUUUAAGAUCGCAGAAAAAGUCUUUAGAAAUGCAAAAGAAUACAAUAAGUAAAACAAUAGGAAAUAACCACAAUUUAUUGAAGGGAUGUAAUAGUGAAAUGUUGAAAUACGAAUCCGACAUUGACGAAAUGUUCUCUUUUCCAAGUUUGACUGAAAUAAGCUCACCAUCCUUUAGGCGUGGCAAUAUUGAAAGUGCGCAUUACAGGUUGAGCAUUCUAGGGAAUUUGAAAUAUACCCCAAAUCUCACUUUAUCCCGAGAAGAAAUAUCACGCAAAUCGUGUCUCUGUUUUGCUGAAUUGCUCAGUCCUGAAAGACGAGAGAUACCAAGUCACUAUAUCAAACCAAACGCGCACAUUCUUCCGACUCUUAGGCUUACUACGAAGAAUGAGUUUAAAAAUGUAAAAGACAUGAGUUGCGCCAAAUCUAGUGCUGUGUGGAUCUAUGAUACGAAAGAAGAAAGCAUUGCACUAUAUAGAGAAAAUGAAUCGAAGAUUACAAUGUUUACGAAUAUCAAGACAGAAUUCAUUGCUGGAAUUAGUGAAACUGAAGUUCUCUACAGUGACAACACAGACAAUGCCAUCAAGUCGUUAUCUGUAAAUGGAAACAACACACUGUUUUCCACCGGAGAAUGGAACCCUUUCGGAAUGGCUAUUGCAAAAGACGGAAUGAUUUACGUUUGCCAACAAAAAGAAGGAGUCGGUAAAGUUUCAAAAUAUCUGAGAAACGGGGAAAUGCUAAGAGAUUUUAAGGAAGCAAAAGACAAAAUAUUAUACCAAAAACCAUACAGAAUUGCAGAAAACAUCAAUGGCGACGUCUGUACUAUUGAUCGGGGAUCUCCAAAUGCGGUUGUCAUUGUGAGUAGAUUGGGGAAAUUUAAAAACCGAUACGAAGGUGGAAGUUGGAAUUCUCUUAAGUUAAUUUUUUCCCCACCGCAGCCGUCUUCGAUCUCCACUGACAGCGACGGUAAUAUCUUGGUAUGUGAUGGAAACAAAAUACACCUUCUUGAUAUCGCUGGCGAGUUUAUGCAGUAUCUCGAUGUACUUGUUUCUUCGCCGAUAUUGAUUUCUGUAGAUAAACAGGAUUUUCUCUGGGUAAUCGAAAAACAGUCAAUUAAAAUGAUUGAAUAUCUAAAAAGGGUAAUGAAUUAA